CUAUCUCCCAGUCAUUCUCGAGUUCAGCCUUCCACGGUCCAAUUACUGAACAUCCCAUUGUAAUGCAACCAACUCCAGCGCCAUCCGCGCGAUCAGGUUCCCCUGUUCCAAGCGGGUUAUCCCAGGCAGAAGAGAACAUCGGAUAUGCUGCGCCACCUCAAAAUAGAGGGAGUGCCCCUUUCUCAGUCUUAACGGGUCUGUUCGAAAGAUUGUCGACUGAGCGUAAGCCGGAACGUCGCAGACGCAUGUUAAGCGUCUGGUUCAAUCGGUGGAGAGAGGAAAUUGGCUAUGAUUUGUACCCUGUUUUGCGUCUUAUUCUCCCGCAGAAAGAUCGGGAACGCGCCGUCUAUGGCUUGAAGGAAAAGAAUAUUGCCAAGAUCUAUAUCAAGCUUAUCCCACUUGGAAUGCGAGACCCCGACUCCAUCCGGCUUCUCAAUUGGAAGAAACCCGCUGGGACUAAUCAAGCCGCUGGUGAUUUCCCUACGGUUCUUUUCGACGUCGUGAACAAGCGCUCGUCGGUCGUCGAAGGGUCACUUACAAUUGAUGAUCUGAACGGAAUUCUUGAUGAUUUAGCCAAUGCCACGGGAAAACAGGUUUAUAUGAUCAUAUCUGUCAAGGAAACGACCGUGUUUUCCGUAUUUCAUCCCGACGCUGAAGAUUUCUUCAACACCUGCUCGGACUUGAAGAAAGUUGCUUGGGAGCUUUCAGAUCCCACACGCAGAUUAAACCCAGAGGAUAAAUCCAUUCAGCUGUUUCGCGCUUUUGCACCGAUGCUGUGCAAGCGGCCGACCCGCAAUAUUGAGGAGUCUGUCAAAGAAAUGCAAGGCCGACCCUUUAUCAUUGAAGAGAAACUGGAUGGAGAACGUAUGCAACUGCAUCGACGUGGAAAUGAGUAUUUCUACUGUUCGAGGAAAGGGAAAGACUAUACGUAUCUCUAUGGAAAACACGUGGGGCAGGGUAGCUUAACCCCAUAUAUUGACGCUGCAUUUGACGAGCGCAUCGACGACAUUAUUCUUGAUGGAGAAAUGUUAGUAUGGGAUCCAACCUCGGAACGGCUCCUGCCAUUUGGAUACCUUGAAAACUGCUGCACUUGGAUGUUAGGCAGAGAAUGGAUGAGAUUCAUGGCAGCCAGAGGGGAAGGUCUCAUCCUGAAGCAUCCAGACUCCGAGUACACUCUGAACGGACGUAACAAAGAUUGGAUCAAGGUCAAACCAGAAUACAUGGACAAUUUGGGUGAAACUGUUGAUGUGCUCGUCGUCGGAGGGAACUACGGUUCCGGAAAGCGUUCCGGUGGUGUCGCCACUCUUUUGUGUGCAGUCCUUGAUGAUCGCAACAUUUCAGAUGGUGAUGAGCCAAAAUACAGCACAUUCGUUCGCGUUGGAUCGGGUCUGUCUUUCGCUGACUAUGUUUGGGUACGACAAAAACCUUGGAAAGAAUGGGAUCCGAAACACCCUCCGGACUUUCUGCAAACAACGAAGCGUGGGCACGAGGAUAAGUGUGAUCUAUACAUCGAACCUGCUGAUUCGUUUAUACUUGAAGUCAAGGCAGCAGAGAUUACGACUUCAGACGAGUAUCACCUUGGAGUCACAAUGCGGUUUCCUCGAGCACUCCGCAUUCGAGACGAUCUUUCCAUUGCAGAUUGCAUGUAUGCAUCAGCUGUCCUGGAGAGCAUGCGCGCAGAACGCAAGAGAAAAAUGGAGGCCGAAACGAGUGUGGAGGAUCGAAGAAAGAAGAGGAGAACUACAGCGAAGAAGCCGAUGGUCGUAUCCCAUUUUCAAGGACCAGACCUCAAGUCUGUCGACGUUGAAUCGAACCUUUUUGAAAACAUGAAAUUCAUGGUCUCUGCGGAUCCAAAAUCAAGAACGGGUGACGAAGAGCGGAAGGAAUUGAUGAAGAUCAUACACGCAAACGGGGGGACAUGCGUCCAGGUAAUAACACCCCAGCAACCUGCAAUGGCCGUCUAUGGUGGCGCUACUACGCCGUAUGACAUCAAGUUGCUGAUGAGAAGGGGGACCGUUGAUAUCAUUCGACCGCGAUGGAUUUUAGACUGUAUAGCCCGCGGGGAGCUUUUGCCACUCAGGAAGAAGUAUUUCUUCCACGCAUCAAAUGACCGACAAUACUCUGCAGAGUAUGACCAGCCAGAGAGUGACGAAGAUUAUGAAAUGGUAGACGGUACCCAAGAACAAGAUGCAGAUCUGAAGGUCCCCGCAAUUUCAGAGGGUUCACAAGCGAAACGAAAACCGGUCAAAGAUGUAGCACCAGCCUUAGCGGAUUGGCUCAGUGUUGAUGCUAAACCCGCAACUGAAGAAAGCAGUGAGACAGAGUCUGAGACAGAUGCUGACUCCGUCAGCGAUGAUGUUAAGGGUGGAGAUGAUGAAUGGUCUGCGCUUGAGGCGGGCGACGGGGAUAUCUUGGACGAGACUUUGGAUGAAACGCAGCAACAUCCUCAAGUGCAUAAGGCCGAGGAGGCAGAUCUCCACGUAGAGGAUCGCGAUUCCCUACGAAACAAUGAUGUCAGAGAUGCUACCAUGGGCGAUGAUGACGCAAGAGAAUACGAUCUUACGUUUAUCUUCAGACACUUGUGCUUUUAUCUCGAUACUCCUGAAAAUGCUCGUAGGCACGGCAUGACGGUGAACACGAAGCACGAGAAAGAGAUAUCGGAGAACUUGAGCAAAGUCUCCCGCGACAUCGAAGCCAAUGGAGGGAGGAUCGUUGAUUUGGGUGAUCCAAAACUAACCCACGUUGUAUUGGACAAACGGGACCUUUCCCGAAGACUUCGUUUGAUCCAGGAAACGGCCAAACCAAAACGCCGCCGCUUAGUUGUAUCCGAGUAUAUCACGGUUUGCUUAGAGGAAGAAACCUUGCUUGACGAAGAAGAAUUUGCUCCCUGAGCCUGAUAAGCCGAUUGUGUUAGUUGACAGCCCUUGAUUUUUUUAUCAUUCCGGGAUCCUACCUAAUCUGUGUCGGGCACCCGCGGACCACGAGAAGGAAGGAUAGGAUAGCCGAAGAAAAAACGGGCUGCAACGGUCACAGCCAUAUGGAAUUUGCCGCUAGCUCGUAGCAUAGCAUGUACAAACUACGUUGCAUCCAUAAUCAUUGACAUA